AUGCAUCUCUACGAAUAUGAAAAACUGCGAUACAGCGACUCAAUCCGCAUUCUCAUCCUGCAUCCGUGCUCAGAUGAUUCGGAUCCGAUUAUAUGCACUAUGCAAUACACACGACUUUCCGAUGUUUCCCUCGAAUACGAAGCACUAUCUUACACAUGGGGAGACAUGAAUCAUAGACAAGCAAUUCAUUUCUAUGGUGGUUCGAAGACACUGCUUGUUGGACAAACUUGCCUUGAUGCACUCCGGCAUCUACGUCAGAAGUCCACGUAUCGGCUGCUUUGGAUUGACGCCAUUUGUAUCAACCAGGAAGACCUGUUGGAGAGAGGCUCUCAAGUUCGCAUCAUGGAUGAAAUCUACAAUCGUGCGUCCAAAGUUGUUGUUUUCCUCGGCAAACACGCUUCAUGUAGUGAGGUCUUGUUCGAAGAGUUGGCGGCCGCAGACGAGCUCAUCAUGGCAGGGAAGGAAUGUGAUAGACCACAACCUAGUGCUGAAAUCGUUCGCGCGCUGGAAAAAUUGUUCCUAAGGCCAUGGUUCAAGAGGGUAUGGGUUCUACAGGAAGUCUGUGCGAAAAGCAUUGUCACAUUCAUGUGCGGCUCAGCUACUGCAUCCUUCUCUGCGCUCAGCACUUUAUACUUUGGGUACUCCGGUCAUACAAAAGUUAGCAAGAUGCAGUGGCCUCUCGUUUUAAGUUGGAUGUUUGAAGAUUCAGGGGAGCUACCGACAACACAACUCAACUUGUGGAAACGAUUGUACGAAAGCAGGGAGUGCCUGGCAACUGAUCCAAGAGACCGAGUUUUUGCCAUGAAAUCUUUGACCGGACCAAGGCAGUCAGAAUUGAAUUUCCUGAUCAAUUACUCUCAGAGUGUAGAGGAUUGCUUCAUACAAGUCGCGGAGUAUUUCCUAUCUGCUCGAGGACCCCGAAUAUUGGCUGCUAUCCGGCAUCCACACGAUAAAGUUAUGCCUUCAUGGAUUCCCGAUUGGUCUCAAAAUCUCCCACUACAUGAUUUCUACCUUUACCCAAGGACGCCCUUUAAAGAAACCGACAUUGAGUACAAAGAUAGUUUUACCUGCAACGAAGAUCCGAUGUACGAGACACGCAAGAUAUCAGAUGGACAAGGAAGAGAAACACUAGGGCUACUCACCAUAGGUUACCAGUAUGCGAAAGUCGUUGACAGAAGUGAAGAGUUCUGUUUUGACAGCAUAGAAGAUGCUGAGGUUCAGAUGCAUAGACUGUACUACAGUCUCGUCAAUCUCAGAGACAUUUUCCUCAUUCCAGACAUGAAGGGCGAUUGUGCCAUGUCUCUGAUCCAAGGUUCUGAUCUCCACACCCAUCUGACACGCUUUGUGGACGGGUUCUAUGUCGGUGAUCGUGUGGCUAUCGGCGGCGAACAAAUCCGCAAUUUUGAGAAGGCUUUGCAGCAGUGCAGGAUCAUCCUAUUAGACAAUGGAGAAUUGGCGAUCACACCUGGCAGCGUAAGGGUCAACGAUGUCAUAUGCAUAAUGCCGAAAACCGACGCGCCCUGCGCUCUCCGCUCAAAUGAGAAGGGAGCUUGGAGGUUAAUGAGUGGAGAUUGUUACAUUUUUGGUGCAGUCUCCAUGCUCGCUUUGACUCAUGGAGGAGUUGUGCUCGACCAAUACGUCGGACGCAACUUGGAUAAGCUCCAAGACUUUUUGAUUCGAUAG